CACCACUUUCUUGAUGUUGUUGUAGUCAAUAUAAUUUAGUGGCUUUAUUUUUAUUAAGUUACAAAAUUUUUUUAGUAAAAUAAAGUAUAAAAUAUGAAAUGCUGCAGUCGUUAUACACUGGGUGUAGUCAUUGGCUCUGUAUAUAUUUUAACCAGUUUGAUCGUUUUUAUUUUAAUGUGUGUAUUUCUGGUGCAAAUCCAUACAGAUAGCGAUUUUGGUAAAACGUUCAGACCUAAUGCAUCUUUAACAGUUGGCAUAGUAAUGGGCGUAUGUCUAGUAGUAGGUAUUAUAUCUGGUCUACUUGUAUGGGGUAUCACCAAGAGACGUCACAAUUGCCUGCUUCCCUUUAUAAUAAUAUAUGGUGUUGGUUUUAUCUUUAGUUGUUUGAUAUUUGCAUAUGGUUAUCUCAUAGCUUUAGUAGUUAAUGCACCUACCGGUGAAUUUAUAGCGCUGAUCUUUAUAAGCAUUAUUAUUACAGUUCUUCAAAUAGUAAUUUUUUGCUUUUUUAUUGCUCUAUAUAGAAGUAUACGCAGGAAGAAUAUUAACAAACCCCGUGCGGCUACUGGAACUUUACAGGUUGAAUAUCAGACUCAACCUUGCCAUUACUCAGUAGUUUCAAAUAAGUAGUAAAAUUUAUGUUAAGCAUUUAUUUUGAAAAUAAAAAUUUAAAAUACUCAUA